CCUCGUUUCAAUCCUCCGGACUCAGCAUUCCUUCAGCCGCAAUAGCAGCCAUUCAAACGAAACACCAGAUCACAAUGUUUUCAGCAGCGCCUUUCAGCUCCUCUCAUUUCGUUGUCCCAAAAGUCGCCGUCAACCAGCGGGCUUCGCCUCCUACGUACGUCAGAUUCCGGCAGCCAAAGGUAUCCGCCAGUUACACGGCGACCGCCGAGAGAACGAUGUCGCACAUUGCAAAUCCUGCAUCACUCUACGACGUCCUUGGGAUUAACAUGGGCGCCACGUGUCAGGAGAUCAAGGCGGCGUAUCGACGGUUAGCCAGAGUUUCGCAUCCCGACGUCGUGGCUAACAGCCAAAAGGAUACAUCAGCGGAUGAGUUCAUCAAGAUCCACGCGGCCUACGCCACUCUGUCAGAUCCGGAGAAACGCGCCGAUUAUGAUCGCACUCUUUUCAGGCGACGGCGGCCGGUGAGUUCUCCGUUCGCAAUGUCCGCAUCUGCGGCGACUAUGGGGAGUUCGCCGGCUUCAGUAUUUUCCGGCCGUUCUAGCCUGAGAUGGGAGACAGAUCAGUGUUGGUAGCCCCGCCGUGAAAUCAUGAGAACUCAAACUAAUUGAAGAAGCCUAUUAUGUUUUAACAAGGCGGUAUUCUUAAAAGGAUUGAGGAUUUCCAAGCGAUCCGAGCCAUCUGAAAUUUCUGAAUUGGCAUCGGCAUUGUUUUUGUGUUUUACUUAGGAGCCUUAGAAUUGAUAUUACUAAUUCGGGAGUACGAGUUUGUGUACAUAAAAAGAAGGGUUCUUGUAUGAAGUUUUUGUAAAAUGUAAACAGGCGCCUUUUUACAGCCUGAAGCUAUUGAAAUUGUUUCUUUAA